AUGGUCUUGACUUGGAUUCACAGAUCCAUCUCAGAAUCGAUUGCAAAGUCAGUAUUGUGGAUUGAAAGCGCAGCCAGUGUUUGGAAGAAUUUACAGCUCAGAUUCUCGCAAGGUGAUGUAUUCUGCAUUUCAGACAUCCAGGAAGAUCUAUACAAGUUUCCUCAAGGUACACUUGAUGUUUCCAAUUAUUUUACGCAAUUGAAAGUAAUGUGGGAUGAAUUAGAAAAUUAUAGACCGAUUCCUGCAUGUUGUUGUUCCAUUCCGUGUUCAUGUGGAGCCAUUGCUUCAAUUAGGAAGUACCGUGAGCAGGAUUACGUUAUUCGUUUCCUCAAAGGCUUGAAUAAGAAGUUUGCGCAUUCCAAAUCUCAGAUUAUGAUGAUGAAUCCGUUACCGGAUGUUGACAAAGCCUUUUCACUUGUUAUCCAACAAGAACGAGAGAUGAGCAGUGCAGGUUCUGUGAUUCCCAAUGGAAAUUCAAGUGAUGAAGUAACUGCUUUCCAGUUACACAUAACUUCAGGAAAUUCGAAUGGCAAGAGUGGUCAUAACAAUUACAAGGGCAAAGCUCAAGGACAGGGUGGAACACGAGGCCAAAACCGUGUCUGUACUCACUGCGGGAGAACCAAUCAUACAGUCGAGACCUGUUUCAUCAAACACGGUUAUCCACCUGGCUUUAAAGGGAAAGGUAAAUCUCAAAACAACACUACUCAAUACCAAUCUGCUGCUUCAGUUCUUGCAGGUACUGAUGAAUCACAACCCAGUUCUGGUUUUACUCAAGAGCAGUACAAUAGCAUCUUGGAAUUGAUUCAGCAAUCAAAAACCACACCAAAAGUCAACUCCAUAACCACUUCUCCCUUUGUCCUCAACUCCCACUCUUAA